AUGGCGCUGCGUAAGGCUUCGUCGGAACGUCUGCGCGCGAGUGUUCCGCUCGAGCGCGCGCGAGCGUUGAAUCGACAGCCGAGACGAGCGAGCGGGGAGUACGUCCUUCUCUGGGUGCAAGCAUCGCAUCGAUCGACAGCAAACGAAGCGUUGGAGACGGCGGUCGAUCGAGCGAACGUAUCUGGGGUGCCCGUGAUCGCGUUGUUUUGCUCUACGGCGAAUUAUCCAGAGGCGAAUGAGAGACACAUCGGUUUCAUGUUUGAGGGACUGUGCGAACUGAGGGAGGCUCUGGAGCGACGAAAGAUUGCGUUUUACGCCGUAGCGUGUUCGCCUCCGGAGGCAAUCAUCGUUGCGAGUGAGCGAGCGGUUGAAAUCGUCGUGGACGGGGCAUACUUGCGGCUGUUGCGGCGCUGGCGCGAGGAGUUGGCGACUCGAGCAACGUGCACGGUGACGGAAGUGGAGACUGAUUGCGUCGUUCCGCAGCUGAGUAUGAAACACGCUCGAGCUGAGGUGGCGGCCGCGACGUUUCGGCCUAAAGUACUACCUUUGAUCGGGAAGUACACGCGCGUCGCGUGUGCCGUUCUUCCGUACAUUUACGGAGCUCUCGAUGACGCCACGCGGAAGAGCUUUGAAAGCACCAUAGUCGAGUUCGAUGUGCUGCCACUUCAUCGAGGCGUCGAUGCGUGCUUGGGAGUCCUUGACACGCAUGGACUCGUGCGAGAUCCAAAAUGUCCGAGGGUUUCUUCCCACGUAGGCGGACAGUCGCAAGCAAGGGCGAAGCUAGACGCUUUCUUGACAAAGAAGAUGCUCUCUCGCUAUCACAAAUCAAGGAACGACCCGACUCUGUGUCUACAGUCUCAUCUUUCGCCGCACAUACACUACGGUCAAAUCUCAGUCGUAGAGAUCGCGCGAAAAACGCUUGAAUUCCGCGAUGCGCACAAAGAGGACGCAGACGUGUGCGCGAGCAUUGACGUGUUCCUGGACGAGCUCAUCGUGAGAAGAGAACUGGCCAUUAAUUUUGCGCUUCGGAAUCCGAACUACGACACGUACGACGGACUGCCGACGUGGGCGAAGGAGACCCUCGAGAAGCAUGCGGACGACCGACGAGAGUGGACGUACACUCUCGAAGAGUUUGAGUGCGGAUCCACGCACGACAAGCUCUGGAACGCAUCGCAGCGACAGCUCGUCUCGACGGGAAAACAACACAAUUAUCUGCGUAUGUACUGGGGAAAGAAAAUACUCGAAUGGAGUGCAUCGCCAGAGGAAGGUUGGCGGAUUGCGAUGGCGCUGAACAAUCGCUACUCACUCGAUGGGAGAAAUUUUGUGAGCUUGACGGGCGUCGGCUGGUGCUUUGGUUUACACGAUCGCGAAUUCCACGAAGCGAGCAUCACGGGCACCAUACGGCGCUUCUCAGAAUCCGGAAUGAUGAAAAAGUUCCCCGCCGGCAUCAAAGGAUACUUGGAACGUUGGGGCGAUGAUGAAGGCGGGUCGUCGAAGAGGCGACAGAUGCGUUUAGAGGACAUGUUUUUGAAACGGCCUCGAGUGUAA